UAGGACCGGGUAAUGUAGUGAGGGUUUUCUUUUAGUUCCUAGCAGACGGGGCCGUUUCCUUAGUCCAACGAAAUUAUACUUUAUUCCCCCGUGUUCAUUUCAAGGACUCUAAUUUAACAUCACUCAUGGCGGCGAACACAGGCACCUCACUCGUGCUGUCCAGUCUGCUCUCAGUGCUGGUAUUUGCUGGGAUGCAGAUGUUCAGCAAGCAGCUGGGAUCUACUGAGUGGCUCACCAUUCUGGGAGGUUUCCUCGGCUCAGUCCUCUUCAUCUGCUCCCUCACUGCAUUUAAUAAUCUGGAGAACCUGAUGUUUGGGAAGGGAUUCCAAGCCAAGAUAUUCCCAGAGAUUCUCCUGUGCCUGUGCCUGUCCCUGUUUGCUUCUGGUCUGGUACACCGCGUCUGUGUGACAACAUGUCUUAUCUUCUCUCUCUUCGCCUUGUACUACAUCAACAAAAUAUCUGCCGCCCUUUACCAAGCAGCUGUUCCUGCAGUAACACCAGCAAAGGCUGCUAGCAAGGGCAAAAGGAAGAACUAAUAAAUCUGUGUGGGAUCAUGUUAACCAGUCAUUAUCUUCCACGUGCAGAUGACCAGUGCAACAGUGCCAUGCAGAUUUUGUCUCAAUGAUUUCCUAAAU